UACAUUGUUUAUUAUUUUUAUAUUACUAGUUUAUGUACAUAGGUGGUUUCUCGGUGUUUGCUGGCGUUGGAGAACGUACAAGAGAGGGCAAUGACUUGUAUAGAGAAAUGAUUGAGAGUGGUGUCAUCAAGCUAGGUGACAAGCAGGCUGAAAGCAAGUGUGCUCUUGUCUAUGGUCAAAUGAAUGAGCCACCUGGUGCUCGUGCUCGUGUUAGCCUUACUGGUUUGACCGUGGCUGAACACUUCCGUGAUGCUGAAGGGCAGGAUGUUCUUCUCUUUAUUGACAACAUUUUCCGUUUUACUCAAGCAAACUCGGAAGUGUCUGCUUUGCUUGGUCGAAUUCCAUCUGCUGUUGGUUACCAACCAACCUUGGCUACUGAUCUUGGAGGCCUUCAAGAGCGUAUUACUACCACCAAGAAAGGUUCUAUCACUUCUGUGCAAGCCAUUUAUGUGCCUGCUGAUGACUUGACUGAUCCAGCUCCUGCAACAACAUUUGCUCACUUGGAUGCUACAACUGUCUUGUCGCGGCAGAUCUCUGAGCUUGAUAUUUACCCAGCCGUGGAUCCUUUGGAUUCUACAUCUCGUAUACUUUCUCCUCAUAUUUUGGGUGAGGAACACUACAAUACUGCUCAUGGUGUGCAGAAGGUUCUCCAAAACUACAAGAACUUGCAAGAUAUCAUUGCCAUUUUGGGAAUGGAUGAGCUCAGUGAAGACGAUAAGGCAACUGUUGCUCGUGCUCGUAAGAUCCAAAGGUUCUUGAGCCAGCCUUUCCACGUAGCAGAAGUGUUCACGGGUGCUCCCGGAAAGUACGUGGAGUUGAAAGAGAGCAUCACCAGCUUCCAGGGUGUGUUGGAUGGAAAGUAUGAUGAUCUUCCAGAGCAAUCAUUUUACAUGGCUGGAGGAAUAGAGGAGGUCAUUGCUAAGGCAGACAAGAUUGCCAAGGAAUCCACAGCCUAAGCACAUCUAC